CUGGUAAUACAUGAUUUGUGAGGCCCCGUGCAAGCGCCUGUGCGGUCGGAUCCCGGCCGUCGCCGAUAGUUACCGUACGCGUACACGGCGGAUCGUGGUUUCCGGUGCGCAGGACGAAAGGAUGGCGCGUCGGAGGUCUCCUUGCCGAUGACCGUCGAAUUGUUCUUUCGGGGAACGCGCACGUACGCCGCCGCCGCUGGAGAGAUCCCCUUCCACGUCGGUUCCGCCCGUGCGAAUACCGCACCGUUCCGGACGGUCACCGAUGAAAACCCGCCGAGGUAGUUCGGCCGACCGACCGUUCAUUCCGCCGCGUCCCACCGUCGUCGCACGGUCCGUUCUCCAGCGCCGGAGAAAAAGUGUCACGCGUACAUGGUCGUAAUCGUUCAAUCUCUGUCGGCCGACGAUCGAUCGAACGGUGAUAUGACAUGUAGCUUACGACGCCGCGUCGGUUCGUCAAACCCCAACCCGUUAUCGUUGUCCGUCCGAUAACGUUUCAACGUUGGACGUUGUUUGUUUUCUUCCGUUCGCGGGCCGGAAACGUUCUCCGCGAAUCGUUCGACACCAGUCCUGCACCGGUGGAUCCAUGCGGCACGGCAUGUCGUUGACGGCGAUCCGCGUGGCGUUGGCGACGUUAAUGCUCGCCGACAUGGCGUGCACGUCGAAAAAACAAAAGCGCCAGCUCUUCCGAGAAAACGUGUUACCGUUUUUCGGUGGUAAAAUCCCGGAUUCUGCAUUCGAAGCGGACCGCCUAGCGUUGAACAUGUUGAACAAAGAAGGGAUAUCCGUACCCGAUGGGGUACUGUUCGAGGCCAGACCCAAAGAAUCAUUCUACCAGAGCCAGCGGGACGACCCGGAGCUGUUCAAAUCGAUUGUAAAAAUGAUCCAUACGUCUGACGGAAGGUUUAUUCCUUCAGAAGGUCAGUACGAGCCUGAAAACGAAGUACAGUCGACGUACAAGAUCUGGAUACCUUCAAAUUUAAAGAAUUACCAAUUACCAAGAUUUAGGCCGGCACAAGAAUCACUUCCUCUGCCAGUCCAUACGCAGAUAUACGAAAGCAAAUUUUCAAUCACUCAUCCCCCUCCCGCACAACAGCUGCGCGUUCCAUUCUACUCGAUACCACAGAGUUGGGACGCGCGAGAUGGUCACAGGCCCCACAUCGAUCAGUUCAAUCAAAAUAUUAAUAAUGUUAUACAUUUCCAACAAAACUUCAACGCCGUACAAUUGACGCGGUUCGCGUGUGAUCGAUCGGGAAAAAUGUAUCCGGAUCCUGAGACUCAAUGUCAGUUUUUCCAUCUCUGCCAUUAUAAUGGAUUGAGAGAGACUUUCAUUUGUCCAGAAGGAACCAGAUAUGAUCCGACAGUAAACGAGUGUAGACUAUGGUACACGACGCCAUGUUUGAACGUUCACAUACCGUACAAACUUUAAGUGAUCACAAUCGUUCAUUCAGUUGUUAUAAUUAUUUAUUUUCAGCCGAAGAUUGUGAAUACUAUAUCUGACAAAUGCUGUAUUAUACUUUAUUUAUGGAAGAUAAAUUGACUUAAUACCAAUGCAUUUUCCAUCUAAAUCAAACAAUUAGAUUUAAUGUAAACAUAUUUUUGUAUUAAAUGCGCAAUCGUGAGUCACGUGUUUUUCAAUAAAUAUAAAUUAUAUUUAAUUAUGCGUUUCGUGGUAUUCAUUACCGAUGAACUUGCACAUAUGUCAAUGUACUGCAUUAUGAACACUAAUGCCUAUUAACGAUUUUGCUGAAAUAUUAUGGCAAUG